AUGAUUUGGAACAAAAACCAACGAAGUUUCGUCGAGUUAUACAACCUCUCGAGUCUCGCUGCUUCUUCGGAACAAACGCGUCCCAGGGAUGAAGAUUCCGCGGUGAAUGAUAUCAGCGGGAAAGUUCUGAGAGCAUCUUACUACGAGGAGCGGGAUUUAGUUAUGUUUUAUGAAAACGACACGAAGCUGACUGGAAUCUGCGGCGAGAUAUGGAACUUGCUCGCGUAUCACCUCAACUUUACGUUGAAGCCAGUAAAGUACGAGGAACGCAAUUUCGGAGAACGCUUGGAUAACGGAAGUUACAGCGGUCUGAUGGGGUUGCUCGAUCGAAAUGAAACGGAGGUGAUCUUACGAACCGGAUAUUACAGCUUCCGUGCGAAUCUGUUCGAUUAUACGACGCCUAUUUGGAACACUUGGUUUCGUCUGUACACACAACCAAAAUACGAAUACGACAACAGGUGGAUGGUGACGAUGUUCACACGUGAAACUUGGUACGUUAUCAUCUUUCUAUUCUUGACGCUCAGUUUAGCCGGUUACAUCUUCCAAACUGAACGAUUCGGGAAUCAUAAGAGGAAGAAAAAAUUGAAAUUGCUGGAAGCUUGUGGAUACUUCACCUUCAACGAUCAUUUCUUCUACACAUUUUCUAUGAUGUGUGGUCAAGGAUAUCUUCCAGGAACUUUUCACGGUCAAAACAAGAUACUGUCACUUUCGAAAAGUAUAUUCUCGUGGCUGAUAAUUCUAGCUUUCAGCUCGAAUCUGAUUUACCGAAUGGCGCAUCGUACAAUGAAACCACCGUUCUCCAAUCUAGACUCGUUGUUGAAUAAGACGAAGUACAACGUUCUGGUUUUCAAGGGAGCCAUAAUUUACGAACUGGUGAAGGAGAACAUUGAAAAUUCGUACAGAAGUUACGAACUUUCGAAUCGUAUUCAUUUCGUCGACGAUCCAAAUAUAAUGUACGAGGAGGUCUGCAAUGGCGGAAGACUAUUCGCUAUGUUGGAAAAUCAGGAUAAAGCUGCCUCGAGAAGCAAAGGUUUCUGCGAAGUUAUACCAGUUGGGUCGAACUACUAUGAAACUUGGGUCGGAUUUGCUGUACCAAAACGAUUUCCGUACAAACAGAUUAUCGACGUCUCGAUAACAAAACUUCGUGAAGUUGGUCUGGUACAUCGUUUGAAAAAUCGCUGGCUGCAAUUUACAAUCAACAACAACGCCAGGAGUCCUUUCAAGACGAUCGACAUGGAUCAAGUUUCUACCUUUAUGAGAGAAUUAUUGUUGCUCGUGAUAGUUCACGAUCUACUGAGACCUGUUCAAUCCGUGAACGGUGUAAUAUGGGACAGCAAAGUCGAGGAUUUCGUGCCGAUUUUCAGUGUACCGGGCUUCGCAGCCAUGAAUCAAGAACGCCUGAGUAAAAGUCGGAAACAGGAAACGCAUAAUUUCCAAGGGGAAAUCGUUAAGUUCGCUUAUUUCGAGGAGAAGAACCUUAUCAACGGCAGAGCGAAUGGAACUAGAAUCAGCGGAGUAAUCGGAGAAAUCUGGAAUAUAUUAUCGGAAUUCCUAAAUUUCACGUUGAAACCGAUUCAUAGCAAAGACCAGACAUUAGGAUAUGCAAAUGAGAAUGGUAUUUAUCCACGUGGUCUAAUACGCCUUAUUCAACGAAACGAGACAGAUGUGAUACCAAGGGUGGAAGCACAUCCGAAGCGAUUCAGAUUUGUCCAAUUUUCGUUCCCUUUAUGGAAAACCAGUUUGCGUUUAUACAUUCGUCAUGAAGUAAAACAUCUACCUACCUGGAUGCUGAAACUAUUCUCUCGAAAAGUCUGGUUCGCAAUUCUGUUCACGUACUUUCUGUUAAGCGUGUGCAGCUAUCUUUCCCAGGCUGUGGGUUUGAAAAUUGCGCGUAAAAAAUCGCAGGCAACCUUGAACGACUACUUCUUCUACAAUUUUGGCAUGAUCUGUGGACAGAGCUAUCUACCGAACAGUUUAAACAAAAGUUCGAGAGUAGUGGAAUUAUGGUUGGGCCUCUUUUCCUGCUUAAUUAGAACCGCUUUUGGCGCGCUUUUAAUAGGCUACAUGACGCAAAUUUCCACCACGCCACCGUUUCAUAAUUUAAAUUCUUUACUGGUCGGUACUUCGUACAAUAUUUUCGCUUUAAAAGGUUCCCUGCCAGAUCUGAUUUUUCAGUUGAGCACAGAACCUGACUACCAGAAUACACUUAAAUAUAAACGAUAUGUUGUUGCGGAAAGGAUGGAGGAUAUGUAUAAAACAAUAUGUUCCUCGAGAAAGCUGUACGCGGUAUAUCAAAGUGAAGAUAUAAAAAAAGCUGGAGGAAUAUAUUUCUGUCGAUUAAAUCCUGCUGGGGCUCCCCUGUUCACUGUGUGGAUAGUUUCUGGAAUUUCGUGGAAUUUCAGAUACAAAAGAUCAAUUGAUAUCGGGUUAUUGAAAUUAUACGAAGUUGGUUUUAUAAAGCUACUAAAGCAUCGUUGGAUAGAAUCGAAAAAUGUGGAAGAAGAAAAAACAAAUAUCACAGAACCAAUUACCAUGGAGCAAGUGUAUUUAAUACUCUAUGUAUUUCAUGGUGGACUGCUUAUAUCUUUCAUAAUUCUUCUACUUGAACACUUAGUGUUUUACUUUAACAAAUGACGAAAUUAUUUACUUAACAAGAAAUAUUUUCCAUUCCCUCUCUUAAGUCCAGUUUAUUCAACAAUUAAUAAAAGAAAUCUGUACAUUAAAUAA